AUCCAUGAUGUAGUGGACCAAGAGUCCAUGUCACCCAGUUACAUUCUGAAUCGGUAGUCCUAGGUACCUAACUAGACAUGUUACAGUAAAUCCCGGUGCUUGUUGUACCCCUAAGUAGCAGCAUCUCCGUCGAGAUUGGCCCCCUUGUUGUUGUUAUGCAUUUCAACCCGCCUCUGAAAACUCUUUAAAAGCUGCCUUGUGACCUCAUGUUCAUAUAUGGGGAUGCCAUUCCCCCUCCCAUAGUCAUCACCAUGCAUAGAGUGGCGAUGCUAUUCUGCAAGGAGCGAUUUUGGGGGCUAUAUACCGUACUCUAGUAUUUCGCGAUAGCUGAAUAUAAUUUCACCAUGACUUUUACCAAAAUUUCCCACGGAAAAUCCGACCCUGGAAGCCAACAAAACACGACUGGGCGUCCGAGAUUUAAUUCCUUAAAAACGUCGGAUCGGUUAAGAGAAGGUUCGAAACUCCCAGCACUCCCGAUGGGUAGCAACAUUCGGAAAAACCGACGAUCGAUAUUCAAGGAGGUAGGGUUGAUGGAAGAGGAAGAUCAACAAGAAGGUCACCAAGAUACGACUUCUGAGACAAACGAAGAAAGCGAACCGAGCGGAAGAAUGGGGUCGACUUCAGAAACGACGUCCCCAAUCGAAAGGAAAGAUUCCAACAGGGAAGAAAGUUCGUCGGAAGGAAAAUCAAGGUGGUUCUCCAAGUUGACGCCGACGAGGCGCCCGAGAAUUAAAACUGCUACCAGUGCGCCACCUCCCACCACCGCAGGGCUUCAUAGGCUCUCCAUGAUCGCUCUGCUUAUCGCAAUUGUUCUUCCUACCAUUAGUUAUAAUAACGGCCGUCAGAAGGUUGAAAUCAGCGGCGCAGACGCAGGCGUGAUCAGGCCUCCCUCGAGCGUUAUCCUCGAGACCCGCGAGAAUAGUCCCACCGACGUAUGUACAAGAUGGGCAGGCCAAAGCGCUCUAAUUAACGGGACCGUCUAUUUCUACGGUGGCCGGUCGAAGUCUACGGGAAGUCAAACAUCAGACGAAUGGAACAAUGACUUCAUCACACUCGAUCUCACAAAAUCGUGGGAUAUCAGCUCACCAGCUCUGACUGGUCUUCCUCGACCAUCUGGUCCUCCAGCUGUAUCUCUUGGCUAUCUCUGGAACGAUUUAGACCGUCUUUACCUCUACGGCGGCGAAUUCUCCGACACUCCUGUCGCGGAACCCUCACCAAUAUCGACGUGGAUGUACGACGUCGCAUCGUCAACAUGGACUGAAUUUCAAAAUCCUAAAACAUCAGCUGGGAACUAUUCGGAUCCCGAGGGAGUUCUUGUACAACGGGCUGCAGAAGGUGCUGGCAUCUCUGUACCCGAACUCGGCGUUAGUUGGUAUUUUGGGGGGCACCUCGAUUGGGCUACUACGCCGGGGUGGACGGACCAAAUCGGGCGAGUGUAUUUAAAAAGUCUGCUUGAGUUCACACACCCCGGGUACGCCAAUUCCGGAGUUGAGUCACUCCGCUCGUCUGGCGCCCCCGCUGGAGGCGCUUAUCGUAAUAUUACGUGGGGUGGCAUCCAAAACCAAGAUGGCUUCACGGAACGAGCCGAUGGCGUCCUCGUUUAUGUACCUGGCUGGGGACCAAAUGGUAUUUUACUAGGUCUCGGUGGAGGAGUGGUUGGGGACCACGAAACUACCGACGCAUUUUCUUCUAUGAGUACCAUCGAUGUUUACGACAUCAAGACGAGUACCUGGUACCACCAAGUGACUUCUGGCGAAGCGCCCCAGGUCCGGGUCAAUCCGUGCGCAGUUAUUUUUUCGGCCCCCGAUGCUAGUUCAUUCAACAUCUAUAUGUAUGGAGGUCAGAACCUACUCCCAUACGGAAACCAAACUCAAUACACGGAUAUAUGGAUCUUAACCGUCCCUUCGUUCACAUGGAUCAAAAUCGACACAUCAACGAGCAAAGAGCCGUCUGCGCGAGCUGGCCACCAAUGCGCUGCACGAGACGGCCAGAUGGUUGUAAUCGGCGGUUAUGUUGGAACAGAAAUCGCAUGCGACAAUCCUGGCAUCUAUAAUUUUGACGCCUCAAAACUCCAGUGGAAGAACUUAUUCAAUGCCGCAGACCAUCCCGCAGAUGAUCACACUGAAAAUAGCAUCCUCGCCGGUAGUUACGGAUACAAAGUCCCCGAUAUAAUCCAAUCCAUCGUAGGCGGUUCUUCCGACGGCGGCGCAACCGCUACCCAACCCGCCUCCGGGCCAGCUACAGACGGACCCUUCAAAACCGGUACACCACCCGUAUUCACAAUCACACAACCCGGCAGCACAGCGACGGUAACCAAUAGCCCAAACACCGUCGGCACGAACCCCGCCUCUCCAGGAUCUUCCCCACCAGAAGGCACAAACGGCGGAUUAAUCGCCGCAGGCGUAAUAGCCGGCUUUGCAGGCCUCGCAGCACUCUACCUCGGAUUCUGCGCAUGGCUCUACCGUCGCCAAGUCCGGGCCUAUAAGCGACACAUGCUAGUCGCAAACCGAUACUCCGGCGCCGUCGAAGACGACAGCAAUAGUUUCACCACUCCACCCGGUGCAGGCGGUAUGCGUGAAAAGUUCUUCAAAGCGCACCGUCGCGGUUCCUCCAGCGUGGAUAGCGAGCAUUUCGGUUGGGUAGGCCAUCUCAACGAGCCAAAAUUCAUGACCGGUAGUGAUGAGCCCAGUCCCGGAACUUCAGGUUCCGGGAAUGGGUCGGGGAGACCGAGGCCUAGUGAGGAUCGGAAUCCUUGGGGUUAUGGUAGUUAUAUCAACGGCGGUAAUGGCGCGGGUGUAAGUGGCAUUGGACGUUCGAAGAGCGGUGCAAGUCGAAGUACCGCGAGUGGUGGGUCGGCUGAGGCGUUGUUGGAUGGGCGCGAGCCGAAUUUUAUUAGUGUUGUUUUGGGUCCUAGGCGUGCUUUGAGGGUUGUGAAUGGGAUGGAGGAGUGAGCCUCUUCGUCUCCUGUCCCCUCUCUUUCGUUGUUGGCUGCUUGUAAUACGUAAUAAUAUCAUGAUGGAAUGUGUUGACGAGAGAUCUAAGCGGGUGGGAAUAACAAAAGGAUAUGAGAAACGACUGAUAUGUACGAUUUUGAGCAUUCUUUUAGUUCGUCGGGCGAUUGUACGAUACCCUAUGAUGUUUGUCAAGCGAUUUGAGGUGGCGAAACAUGUAUAUACACGACCUUGAUGUG